UAGCCAAUAUCGACAAAAGAAUGAUAUGAUAAGCACAAAUUUGACCACCGUACGUGACCAUAGAUGCAAAUAAUUACGAUAAAAAAUGCCAGACGUUGAUCAUUAUUCUGCUGAGGCCAGAUAAUAGACAAAUUACACCAGAGAUUAAUGAUAAAGUGAGGGAGGGGUGUGUGGGAGCAGCAGCAGCAGCGUCUGCACCUCCUCUACACAAUCUGUUCAUAUGAUGUGUAAUGUGAAGUGGCUGUAAAGAUGUCAGACACAGAAGAUGAAUGCCCCUCAAGAGCAAGUAAUAGUGGCAAUGAAUCUGAUAUCAAUGAACCCAGCACCAGUUGGGGCUCACGGAAGAGACCCAAGCUAAAGCACAAGUUUCUGUCGGACUCUGAGGAGGAGGAUCAUCCGAAAACCGGAGGUGAUCCAGAUGACUCGGAAGAUGAGGAUGACCCAAUGGAGGAGACAUUGGAAGGUGUCAAACAUACUAGUUCCCUGUUGAUGCAAAGGGAAGAUGUAGAAACGGGUGAUUCUGAGAGCAGCAAUGGUAUCCCAGGUGCUGAGACUUGCGCCAUCUGCCUGGGGCGAAUGCGGGGAGAAGUUGGGUCACCAGACUCCUGUGAACACAUCUUUUGUCUUAUCUGUAUCUUAGAAUGGGCCAAGACAAAUGCAACUUGCCCUCAAGAUCGAAAACCAUUUGACAAAGUGCAUGUGCGAAAGGCUUUUGGAGAACCCAUAGAUAGAGAUAUCCCUGUCAAGAAACAAAAAGAAGUGGUGUAUAUUCCUGAGGAAGAUAAUCCUACAUACUGUGAGGUGUGCAAUGAGUGUGAUAGGGAGGAGCGGCUUCUGCUGUGUGAUGGCUGCGACUUGGGGUACCACCUGGAGUGUCUUAACCCUCCCCUCACUCAAGUACCAGUGGAAGAGUGGUUUUGUCCAGGCUGUGUUGAUGUCAAUAUCCCAAGCACAGUUUCCAGUAGACAAGAAGAGUCUAAAUCCACGCGUGGCCCUACAUGUAUUCGUUCUUCAGCCCAGCAGUCCCGACAGCCUCGCCUCAUCCCACGAACAAGAGCCACUGAACGAAUCCGUAUUCGUAUUGAGCGCACACGAAAAAGUAUUAAAAAAAUGAAAAGGAAAAGAAGGAAGCAAGUUAGAAAGGAAAAAAUUGCUUCUGGUGAAAUUGAUGACCCAAGACCUGCAGUUAAACAUGUUUCAAAAUUUUCAUAUUUUGUUGAAGGUGACAAUGACAUAGAUGCCGAACAUACGGUAGAUGAGUUCGCUGAGCAGCUGCUUGCAGGGUCUAGCCAGCAGAGUUUUCGAUUCCAGGCUGAACGUAAAGCUAAUGCUGCAAGAUUAUUGCGAGACUCGGCUUUCAAGCCACAGGCAUCCUAUGCAGGAAAAACCUCCCAUGCAGUUAUAAAUCGUAUCAACACUGAAGCAGAGGGGCGCCCUGAUGACGUCUUGAGCAGUAUACUGGAGAAUCAAAGUAUUGCUUUUUCAUCCUCUAAGAAACUUACUUUAACAAAUGACAGGAAAUUGAAAAAGCAAGAAGGAAUAAAAGAUGACAUAAGCAAUGUGUCUCAAGAUGAAAAUGUAACUAUGUCAGAACCUUUACCUUCACUUAAACCUCCAUCUCAGCCACAAGGUGAAGCAAAUGAGAGCUCAGUAAAAGAAGAAACAAGAAGUUCUAGUUCGUCCAGUAAUAACAGCCAACGCCGUCCAUGUUUUCAGAGCUCACGAAGGCAAUCUCCUUACAAUCCAAGGCUUGGGUCUAGAUCACCACCCAACACAUCCUGGGUAGAUAAAGUUCCUAUGGUGAAUGCAUACCAGUCUUCUGCUGAUGAUAAACGGAGGUCUCCGUCCAGGACGUUUUAUUCAAGAGAGAAAGGUGCAUCCAUGAAUACACACCAGUCUCCUCUUGACGAUAAACGAAGAUCUCCCCCCAGACUUACAUUCCAUCAACACAACAGAAGGGAAAGGAAACGAAGUCUUUCUCCUGACAGGAGAAACUAUAAGUACCGUCAUAAUGACAGAUGGUCAGAGAAGCAUGAACAACCAAGAUACCAUAAAAGAAACUCUCCUCGCAGAAGAUCUGACUCGUGGCGAGAUGCUGCAGAUGAAACUUCUGCACUCUAUAAGACUUCGGAUGAAGACUUGUCCAAUAAUGAAUACAACAGUAAAUGGAAUUACUCGGGAAAUAGAAAUUUUCACAAGUCAAAUUAUGAAUUUGGCCAUUCUCAAAAGUUAUCUGGCAAAUGGUAUGGUGCAACCAAUACGAAAUAUGAUAGAAAUUUUUACAGAGAUCGACCACCCUAUAGAAAACAGCGCCCCUAUUACAGAAGAGGCAUGUCUCAGCGAUGGAACCACUUUAAUUUCAGAGGCAGAGGCUCAUUUGGCAAAAGAGAGAGAGAGAAUUAUGCUCAUAGAUCAUAUAAAUCAGCACAUGCAAGGACACGAUCAAGAUCACGCUCAAGGUCACGAUCGCGGUCACGCUCGAGGUCACGAUCGCGGUCACGAUCAAGGACACGAUCGAGGACACGAUCGAGGACACGGUCAAGGUCACGAUCAAGGACACGAUCAAGAUCACGAUCAAGGACAUGCUCAAGGUCACGGUUAAGAUCGCGGUCAAGGUCACGAUCAAGGACACGAUCAAGGUCGCGGUCAAGGUCGCGGUCAAAGACACGCUCAAAAUCACGAUCAAAGACACGAUCGAGGUCUAGAUCUAGUUCUGGGGCAAGAGAGCGAUCUCGGUAUCGUACACCUUCCAAUGAGAGAGAGAGCAAGCUACACUCACAGUGGGGAUAUACUUCAGACAGUGAUGCUGCAAAUAUAAAGAAUGACAGUGUAAGUCAAAACUUGCAGUGUGUGAAUACUUCCUCUUUGAAUAAUGAGAGGGAAGUUGAUGUAAAUGACAAGAAGUCAACCAAGCCAGUGAAUACUGAUAAUCUACUUAAUACUUGUACAGAGAGGGAGAGUAUUCAUUUAGCUGAUAUAAGCAAAGAUAAUACACAUGUGAGCAAAUAUAAAAAUGUGGAUGAUCAGCAUGAGAACAAAACUGAUAAUCAGGAAACAGAAAAGUGUAAAUUACAGUGUAUGGCAGAAAGUAGAACAGGUGAGAUAGAUACAAAAGACCAUGAUGAACGUAUUAGAGAGAGAGUUCGAAAUAUCCAAACUGCAAUGUCAAAAAGCAGUUUCUCAUCCUUCGUGAAUGAGGUUCAGGAACUGAAAAAGACCAGUCAAGAAAGCUCCGUAUGUAGUACUAAAGAAAAUGUGAAUCCUUAUUUUGACAAAACUGAUAGUAAAAUUGACAAGAUAAAUAAUUGGAGUCAGGAUAAUUGGAGUAGUAUCCAUUGUGAAGAUGAAAGUCCACCUGAUAAUGCCAACUUCAAAAUCAAGAGUAUCAAGAACAAGAAAAGUCAGGUACUGACUUCUCUAUUUGGGGACGAUGAUGACAGUUAUGAUAAUGACUCGGAUAAACAUGACUCUGAAACCAUUUAUAUUAAUGAAGGAGAAAGUCACAUGGUAAGAGAGGCAAAUGAGAAGAAAUCAGAGUUUAGCAAUAAAGAUAAAAGCUUAAAAUGUAGCUUACAUACAGGGCACAUUGACAAUAUUACAAAUGAAAGCAUACAGUCAAGCUCUCCAUGGCUUCCUAAAGGUUGUGCUUUGUUGAAACAAGGAGAGCCAUACACCAAAGAUGACACUGGUGAAACUACCAUGCAGAAAAGGUCCCAGUCAGUAAUUGGGAAAGAUGAAGGUUCUAGUAAAUCAGUGGGAACUGAGAAGAGCAAAAGAAACCAUCAUGAAGUACACCUUCAAAGCAUUGAUAUGUUUUCUAAGACUGAACCUAGAAAUGAUAAAAAGGUUGAAGAAAUUAAGUCUUCCUUAGAUUUUUAUUCUUUGUUUGGAGAUGUGGAUAGCACUGAAGCAAAAGGUGUUAAAAGUAAAUAUAAAUCAAGUAAGCAAGAAGCUGAAUCCUCACACACAAGUAAAGGGUCUCUUUCCAAAGACAGGAGACAUGAUAAAGAGAAAGAAACAAAGAACUGGAAAGAUAAUUAUAAAAGUAGUGCAUCAAGUGAAGAUUUUAAACAAGCUGAAAAUAAUGAGGCUGAGGAUGGCAAAUAUAAAAGUCGUUCUCAGUUAUUUGCCAUGUGCAGCAGUAUAAGCAAGGAAUCACACCCUCAGGCUGAAGCAAAGAAAGGUGAUAAUUUAGAAGGCAAAAUAUCCAAAACAGAGAAUAUUAAGCUAAAAGAUAGCAAAUCUCACCAAAGUAAGCAAUUGGAGUCAAGAUCUUCACAUAGCAAAACUAAUGUGAAAAAUUGUACAUUAGUCUAUGACAAAGAUGAUGAAGGAUAUGAGAAGAAGCAGGCUCUCUUCUCUAAAUUGUUUGGGAAUACAGUGGAUAUUGAGAGUGCAAAUUCAUCAGAUUAUGGCAUGAAAGAAAUUAUGGAGAAGAAAGAAGGACUUAGAGUUGAUAGUAAAGAUGAUUGGACAGUGUGUGUAAAGUCUUUUGGAAAGUAUUCUAAAGAAUAUGGUGAUAUAGGAAAAAUGGCAGAGAAACAUACACACAUCCAAGAAGAGAAACUAUCUAAACACCUCGUAUCAGAAAUUGAUUUGAGCAACAAAGAUAAAAAUGAAGAUAAAAGAAGCACCUCAAUAGAUGAGAAAAAAAGUAACGAGUUUAGAGUAGAAAAAAGUCAAGACAAAACUGAAGCAAAGGAUGCAGAAAAAUUGGCUUGUCUCAGGCCAGUAGAAAGUAAAGCAGAUGCAGUUCCCUCACACUCCAGGCAGAUCACUGCUCCAGGGCACACCAACACUUAUAAACCUCAAUCAGCAUCAUCAGGGGACACCAAAAAGGAUGACUUGCGCCUCAAGAAGAUUGCCUUAGAAGUUAAAGUGGUGGAGGAAGUUAAGAAAUGGUUAGACCCUUACUAUCGCGACAAGUCCGUAAACAAGGAAGAGUACAAGCAGAUUGUUGCUAAGUGUGUUAAAAAGGUUGUAACAGCAGAAUGCGGUGACAUAAUUGAAAGUGAGAAGAUGCGUGGCUUGGUAGAUGGAUAUGUAGUACUGUACAAGCAUCGCAGAACAAAGCUGCAGCUGACCUCCUCUAACUGAUGCCUCUUGAAGACUUUUAAGACCACAGCAUCUAGAAAUUCUAUUCUGUGAUUACCACAUUUGAAUAUGUGAUAAAAAAAAAUACUGUUUUCAUGGUGUAUAAACACUAAAUGUACAAAAUAUCCCAUUUUGAUUUUGGUUAGUGCAGUUGAAAAAUCGUCAUUAUAAUUAGUUUUAUUUUAAGAUUAUUAAAAGGUAACAAUAAGUAUAUACAGAAAGUUUGAAAUCCUUUUGGUAUAAAUGGGUUAUUUUAUUAUUUAAAAUGUAUUUAGAAGACUCACGCUAUUAUUUCUUAGUAUAUUUCGUUUGCUCAAGCUCUGAACGAUGUUAUCAACUUUUGUAGCAUUAAUUUUUUCUUCUAUUCUGUACUAUGCUUAAACACUAUUAUUCUGGUCAUGUCAGAAGCUUUCUGUCAGACUGAGUACUGUAUAUCUAAAAUAUUAUAUAAAUGCUCUGUAUGUUUUCUUUAAAUUGUUUUGAUACAGGUGUUGUAGAUGAUUUAAGCCUCAAUUAUGUUAGAAUGCAGCAAAAUAACUGCAUAAUUACAGAGUAGUAUAAAAAAGAAUAACUUAAUUAGAAGACUUAUUGUGAGGCUAUGCCACUGGCUACUAAAAUGACUUAUGGCAAGAGUGAAGUCUAUCAUAACUGAUGAAUAAAGUAAAAAAAAAAUUUCAUUUCAUUUCUUGCAUUCCUUCACACACGAUGAGCAAAGAUGCAAGAAUGUUUCCAGGUCGACCGACCUGUUUGUGCUUACGUGACACCGUGUGUACAUCUGCUUGUACACGUUUCUAGAAAAUGCUGCUUGUGCUCUUUUAAGUGUUUUGAUAAAACUGUUAUGGAUUAUUUAAGGAGGGCAUUUCUAUAUGAACCAUUCAGGUUUAGCAGGUGAUUUUUUAUAUAAUAAAUAUGAGAGUAUUUAAAUUUACUGUAAUUUAAGUGUAAUUGGUUUUGAAUUAGGUCAGUAUAAGAACUUAGUACAAGGUUUGGAAUUAUUCUUUAUUUUGGCCUCAUGAAUUAUUUCAGCAUUGAAAAGUCUCUUAACCAUUGUACAAUAUUAUAUUAUCAGAUACUAACUAUUUGGCUAAUAGUAACCCAGAAUAAAAAAAAAAGUACACUAAUCUGUACAUAUGUACAGGGUAUGAAUUUCAAGCUUUCCUUAAUUUUAUAAUUCAUUA